AUGCCAACCGAGAAACUAAUAAGUCGACAAAGUCCUCGCAGCAAACCCCUCCACACUGGGCAAGACGCCUCUGUCGAGAUUAUCGGCCCCAGCAGCCAUUGCGACCUCUCAGAAUGUACAGAUCAGGUCAGUCCUCGCAUCCCUGCAACGCGGUGGUUUCUCCCAGAGAAGGUCUAUCGCAGAGGAGGACAAGUCGAAGAAGAUGCAGGAACUACUCCGGCUCCGACAGGCGACAGAUGUACACCUGCAUCUCGGGAGACAGAUGGGAAAGAACAAGAAGAAGAGCAGGAAAAGCAGAUGCUUGAUAUCUCGAGACCGGACGCUCGUCUCGUUCUCCUGAACAACCCCUCACAAAGUCUACAACUCUCGCAAUCGAGCGGCCAAGAGAUCCUCGCAAAUCAACGCCUCAACCGUCCCAUCUCACCCCACCUCUCCAUCUACCGCCCGCAAAUAACGUGGUACGGCUCGGCCCUCAACCGCAUCACGGGCGCCGUUCUCUCCAGCGGAAUCUACGUCUUCGGCGCUGCGUACCUUGUCGCCCCGCUCUUCGGGUGGCAUCUCGAGAGCGCAUCCCUGGCCGCAAGUUUCGCCGCCUGGCCGGUCCUGGCCAAGGUUCUGUUCAAGGGCGCGGUCGCCUUCCCCUUCACGUAUCAUGGAUUGAACGGGAUUAGGCAUCUAGUCUGGGACACGGGCGCGAGCUUGACGAACAAGCAAGUUAUCUACACUGGGUGGACGGUUGUCGGGCUGAGUGUGGUGAGUGCGUUGGGUUUGACGUUUUUGUGA